UUGUCUUGUAAUAUUUUUGUCCGAUACAACAGACAAACAGUUGCUUUACAGCGAAAUAGGUCAAAGAACGGAUCAUUUUGAAGACGGACCAUUUUUAGCAUUUACAAAGCCAGCUGAAGACGCAAAAGGAAAGUAAAGGCCAUGAGGAUAUAUGUGAUGAAACUGGGGAUUUUCCAGUCCCCUACUAGAAGAGUGCAAUAAAGAAUCGAGCCUUGAUGGAUGUGAGCCGGUGGAAGGCACCGCCCAUUUCCCAAAUGCAAAAUAUCCAUGAACUAUUGUCCAAGAGGGAAAUUUAAACUACAACAAUGGAAUAUUUGACAUGCUUAAAUAGCAAUGCUGUGAAUGAUAAAAACAACAGUCUUCUUCGAACCUCUUAUGGAGGUACACUUGGAUAUUUAGUUCUGUCAAGAGUUCUUUCUUUCUUUCUCGUCAAGUCACAGAAAACUUGGGCAAACUAUGUCUGUCGUGCUGAUGUUUAUUGGUUCGUGGAUCGGAUACGGUCCGUUCUUCUGCUCACUUUUGGUAAUCUUGCUAAUUGGCUACUACUGGACAUGGAGCAGAUCCCGCUUCGUUCGGCUCAUCAACGCUCUUCCAGGGCCAGACGCUCUGCCGUUUCUUGGCAAUUUCAUGGAUUUGAAUGUUGAUCACGACGAAUAUCUGAAAAUUGUGCACUUUGACUGGAUCAAGAAGUACGGAGCCAUUUAUCGUUUGUGGCUCGGCCAUCCGGCGGUACUCAUUUCAUCUCCGGAAUUCAUGGAACCUAUACUGAACAGUCAAAAGCUCAUUUCCAAAGCAGUCGAAUAUAGAUACCUGAAUCCUUGGCUUGGCAACUGCAUGUUUCUAACGACAGGCAGCCGAUGGAGGAAUCGCCGUCGUCUGCUCACGCCCGCAUUCCACUUCCAAAUUCUGAAUAGUUUUGUAGAUGUCUUUAACGAAAAGAGUGCGGAUUGCGCCCGGGAAUUUACGAAGGCCAUUGAAGCUCACGGUGAUGAAAACGAAAUCGAUAUUUUUCCGAUGAUGACACAAUGCGCAUUGGAUAUCAUCUGUGAAACUUCUAUGGGCCGACAAACGCGAAACGAAACUGAAAAAGCCAUUUACGUUAAAAAUCUACAUAGAAUUGGACAGAUUGUUAUGGAACGCGGGAUCCGCCCUUGGCUGGCCUUCGAUUGGAUUUACAAGCUUAGUUCACUAGGUCGCGAAAAUCAACGCUGCGUGAAAGCUCUGCAUACCUUCACAAAUCAGGUUAUUCGAGACCGUCGUGAAAUUUUGAAACGAAAAGCGAAUUGUCAUACAGACAUGCCGAAGUCAAGCCUCAACAAUAAUAAUGUAAUUUUUCAGGAUACUCAGGAAUUUCACCCAAAGGAGAGGUUAGCUUUUCUGGAUCUGCUCAUCAAAGCUUCGGAGACCAAUGCUGAUUUUAGCGAUGACGACAUAAGAGAAGAAGUGGACACUGUUAUGUUCGCCGGUCACGAUACCACAGCUUCUGCCAUGAGUUUCUUUCUUCAUUGCAUCGCCAAAUAUCCCGAGCACCAGCAAUUGGUUCUGCAAGAGGUGGAUGCGGUGUUUGGCGAUUCAGAUCGGGAUUGCAGCGUCCAAGACGCUGCCGAGCUCAAAUAUUUGGAGUGUUGCAUCAAAGAAACCUUAAGAUUAUAUCCAAGUGUGCCAGCUAUCAUGCGAUGUCUCACAGAAGAUAUUGAAAUAGGUGGUUACAAACUACCAUCAGGGACUUCAGUCGCGCUAAUGAUUCAUGGAAUGCACCACAGCCCUGAAGUUUUUCCUGAUCCCGAAACUUUUGACCCAAAACGAUUCCUGCCGGAAAAUAGCAUUGGUCGUCAUCCAUAUGCUUUCGUUCCCUUCAGUGCCGGACCCCGCAAUUGCAUCGGUCAAAAGUAUGGGAUGCUGGAAAUCAAAGUAGUUUUGGCAAAUUUGAUGCGCCGGUUCCGAUUUUCCGUCUCGGAUCCAUCGGCACCUUUGAUCAUACCUUCGAGUGAAGUUGUAUUGAAGCCCAAACAUGGCAUCCCCCUCAUAUUGUCCAAACGGUCUUUUGGAGAGUGACCAAUCGAUAAUGCAUUACAUUUGGGAGUUUCAGCCAAUUCUCGUGACUCCGUUGUCCGCUUGUUUUCAAGAAAAUCAAAAUCAAAAUGUUCCGGAGUUUUUAUUGAUCCCUUAGUGUUUCUUUAGCUGCUCUGUGUGCUGUAUUUAUUUAAAUAAAUGACUGUUUGCGGUAUUUAUGGCAAACUUAACA